UAUAAGUUAAGGUACUUAGAAAGUCUUAACCUGGCAAAAAAAAAAUCAAGUCAUAAACAGAAGAGAAAACAAAUUAGAUCAGUCUUAAAAACUGGAGCAGAGUGUUUUUUUAUUUCUCACUUGCUUCUCGGGCUUUCGCUUUUUAUGUUUUCCUUGUUAGCUCCGUGCAGUUCCAUCAUGCUGAACUGCUCUCGACCUGACCCACCUUCCCUGCUGGAGGCACUCGAACCAGUCUUCAACAUGAGAUCCAUUCGACCUGUCAUGAAUGUGUCAACCCCCACCAAUGAUGAAAAGGCCCAGGUCCUGAAAACGUAUAUCUGGCAAAAAUUAAAAUGGAGAAAUGAGUUUGUCAGGUGGGACCCAGAAGAGUGCGGUUCUUCAUGGAUUACAAUUCCAAGGAAUCUGCUCUGGGUACCAGAUAUGGUCAUCAAUGAAUUUAUGGAGAAGAACUCAGCUCCAUUUGUCCCAUACAGCUAUCUGUUUUCUAAUGGCUUCGUGUUUGAUGAACAGCCUGUCAAAGUGAUCAGCUCCUGCAGGCUCAACAUCUAUACGUUUCCAUUUGACACCCAGACCUGCUGUUUAAGCUUCAACUCCUACUUACUCUCUAUGGCUGCUAUGCCAAUUGACCUCUCAUCAACUGCAGAGGAUAUAUUUAGAUUCUCUAAAGAAGUGAUGACAACUAAGGGUGAGUGGGAACUAGUUGGACUCACAACGAAGACAUUCAUACUACCAGCUGAGGUCGGACUGUACCAAGAGAUUCGCUUCUAUGUGUCAGUGAGGCGCCGAGCCACCCUCUAUGUGGUGAACCUGCUGAUCCCCAGCUGCUUCCUCAUCACAGUGGACCUCUUCAGCUUCCUGCUGCCUCCCCAGACUGUGGACCGGUCCGCCUUCAAGAUGACCCUCAUCCUGGGCUACACCGUCUUCCUGCUCAUCAUGAAUAACCUGCUGCCUAUUACCGGAAACACCAUACCUCUCAUAAAUGUGUUCCUGUGUCUGUGCCUGGCUCUGAUGGUGGCAAGUCUACUGGAGACUAUACUCAUCACAAACCUGCUGUGUGGCUCCGCUCGCUACUCCCCAGUCCCUCACUGGGUCAGAGUGUUUGUUCUUCACAUCCUCGGCCACCUUGUACGGUUUCCUCCAAAGCCCAGAGAUCUAGACAGCACAGUCAUCCAAAAUCCUUCUGCACAAGAAAUGAAAGUCUCCUCUCUGGUGGCAGAGGACAGCGAGACUCCAGAACAGAAGGGGCCGCUGGAUGAGGACAAGGCCCUGCAGGAGCUGAGGAGCCUGGGCAGGGAACUCCAGGUCAUCCGCCUACAGGUGGAGCAGCAGCUGGGCAAAAGCCAGAGCUCAGAGGAGUGGAUCCAGGUGGGUUUCAUCAUAGACCGCCUGCUGUUCAGCUUCUACAUCCUAUUCAUAUCAGUCAGCUUCUUUACCAUCAUCAUUAUCUGGGUGCAGUCAUACAACAAAUCCUAAUUUUGCUUUUGAGUUUGUUUCUGAAUUGCUAUUUGUUAACGUGCUUUCUCAUAUUCCUUGUCAAUUGCUAAGCAUAAGGAAAUGGGAAGGUUGGUUGAAUUUUGCAUUUGAAAGCAAUGUGUAUCACACCUCUCCUCUGAACUGUUCCCCUUUCACAAUUCAUGUUAAUGUUUUGGGUAUUUCUUUUCUUUUGUUUAACAUGAUUUUGUUAACAGUUAUGUUUUAAGGCACUGAGGCUCUGAAAUGAUUAGCUGAGGAAUUUUAAAAACUCCUGUUUAUUCUUCUCUUGCAUUGUCAGUCAAGCAACAAAUAUUUGCAUACUUCAAAAAACAAUUGUACCUACAGCAAUCCCUCUAGGUUUCUAGUGAACAGGACACAAUCAUGUGUUUAUCAUGUGUCUAUUUGCACUUUGUCCUGAGUCUAGCUCCAGGGCAUCAUUUCCACAAAAAAACACUUAAGGCUAAGAUGAUCGUGAAAUUCGUUUUUACCUCUUGAGGUUAC